CAUGGUACGUGGCAGGAUGGCUGGCGCGGCGGCGGCGGCGGCGUUGCUGGUGGUGGCCGUGCUGGUGUCGCCGGCGAGCGGGCAGGUGUCGGCGUCGUGCACGGCGUCGCUGGUCACGACGUUCACGCCGUGCCUCAACUUCGUGACCGGCAGCACCAACGGCGGUGGGUCGCCGACGCAGCAGUGCUGCGGCUCGCUGGCGGAGAUGGUCCGCACCAGCGCCGACUGCGUCUGCCUCGUCCUCACCGGCAACGUGCCCUUCAGCCUCCCCAUCAACCGCACCCUCGCCAUCUCCCUCACCAAGCUCUGCAACUCCAUGUCCGUCCCACUGCAGUGCAGAGAUACAGCAAGCCAAAUCCCACCUCCAGGCCCUGUUGCAUUUGCUCCGGCACUGCCUCCUUUGCCACCAUCGCCGCCGGAGUCGUCGGUGCAACCUAAUGCGGCGGUUGAUCCCACGGCGAUGUCGCCAUCGCCGCCGAUCAUCCAGGGGCAGAGGCCGCUGUUGCUGCCGAGCUUGGCUUGGAGGAGAGCUCAUGUGUCGACGGCGUCUGUUUCAGUAGUGCUACUGAUAGCUGCAUCCAUUUUGGCUUGAUUAGGAUGGAUUUAACUGGGAAUUGAUGAUUUAGCACAGGAACUGAUGCAUGUUCGGUCUAUUGCAGAUAUUUAUCUAGCAUUGGGAAUUGCACAGGAUUCUUGUAAGAAAAUUUUGAGGGCUUUGAGUUGUUCAUGUAAUUAUAUUUCUGGUGGAUGAAUGAAAUGUU